GAGGGGGGUUCGAUGGCAGUGGGGCGGGGCUGGCUCGCGACGCCGCCGCCGCUCUCGCCGUGACCCAGGCCAGGACUUGUCAGUGCUGCAGCUGCUCCUGCUGGGCCCAGAUGUUGCAGCCCGCCCGCUAGGGGGCGCCCGCCCGCCUAGGGAUGCAUUGAGCACAUUCGGCAAAGAAACAAUGUGUUAUCCAGAUUUUAAUUAAAAGGAUACAACAUCUCAUCCUCGAGUCACUAGGAAAAAGUUACCCAAUUUAACUUCUUGGUUUUAUAUGAGUGCUGCUGUCACUUCUCAGAUGAGCGCUAAAGGAAGUGAAUUUGAAUUUCUGCGGUUUAUAUUCUUUUCAUGUGGAAGUGUUGCUUGCUUUCUCUGCUACUGAGAGGAUGUAGUGGAAAUGAUAGCAGAGCCCAACUCCGUUGCCAAUCUUCCCAACCACAAAGAAAAUGGGAUCCACGAUGAGAUAGUCCCGGAAUCCACUGCACAGAAUGGCGGCUGCUUGAGAAAUGGCAAUGUUAAAACUCUUAAAGGGAAAAGAAAAGUCCGAGAACAAUGCGAAAAUAGAAGGAGAAAUUCUCCUACUAGUAGACGUUCAAACCAGCUGCAGAAUGGAGAAGUGGUGGAAGCAGUUACCUUGUUUGAGGUGGUCAGCAUGGGCAAAAGAGCGAUGCAGUCUGUAGUAGAUGACUGGGUUGAGGCUUAUAAAAGAGAUCGAGAUGUGGCACUUCUGGACCUUAUCAACUUCUUCAUUCAGUGCUCAGGCUGUCAAGGAAUGGUUACAGCAGAGAUGUUCCAGAAUGUACAAAAUUGUGAAGUGAUGCAGAAAAUGACAGAGACAUUUGAUGAGGAGACUGGAUUGCAGUAUAAGAAGUUCAUGGCUUAUCCCUGGAUUUUGACAGUCACUUGGCCAGUGGAUAUGGACAACGAAGACUAUCCACUCAUCAAACCAGGGCCCUACUGGAAAAAAUUCAGGGCUAAUUUUUGUGAAUUCAUUGCGGUACUGGUCGAGCAGUGCCAGUAUAUCAUCCUGUAUGACAGCUAUUUGAUGGACACAAUCAUCUCUCUUCUGACGGGCUUGGCAGAUUCAAUGGUCAGAGCAUUCCGGCACACCAGCACAUUAGCAGCUAUGAAGCUUCUGACAGCACUUGUAAAUCUCAGUCUCAAUCUAGAUAUAAGUAAGCGUAACCUGGAAAGAUUAUACGAAGUGGAAAAGACCAGGGCUACAGGCAAGAGGACCAAUUCUAGACUGGACCAGCUAGAGAGGAAAAAAAAAGAGUAUGAACAGAAACAUCUGGAGAUGGAGAAUAUGAUGAAUGCAAUUUUCAAAGGGACCUUUUUGCAGCGUUAUCGUGAUAUUAUUCCAGAAAUUCGGGCCAUCUGCAUUGAUGAAAUGGGCAGCUGGAUGAAAAUGUAUCCUGAUACAUUCUUAAAUGAUGGUUAUUUGAAAUACAUUGGAUGGAUGCUAUAUGAUAAACAACCUGAAGUCCGACUGAAAUGCCUUCAGGGGCUGCAGGGAAUAUAUGGCCGAAAAGAUCUCGUUUAUAAAAUGGAUCUCUUCACUAGCAGGUUCAAAGAUCGAAUUGUAUCCAUGGCUCUGGACAAAGAGCAUGAAGUAGCCGUUCAAGCCAUGAAACUCUUGAUGCUUAUGUCACAAAACUGUGAAGAUGCAUUGUCAUCUGAAGACUUCGAAACAUUAUACCAAUUUGUUUAUACCACCCACCGACCACUGGCCAUAGCAGCUGGGGAACUACUUUAUAAAAGACUGAUUGUACAGGAAACUGAAAUGGAAUCUUUUGCCAAAAGAAAUGGAAAAUGGGAGCCCAUUGCUAGCCAGCUGAGAACACUACUAAUUUUCUUCUUGGAAAGUGAGUUACAUAGCCAUGUCACUUAUUUAGUAGACAGCCUGUGGGACUGGGCCCUGAAUUUAUUGAAAUCCUGGGAGUGCAUGACAGCCCUCUUGCUAGAAAACACUGAUGACCAUGAAGGAGCGCUGAGCAAUGCUGAAGAGAGUGCCCUCAUUGAGAUAAUCUUAGCGACUAUUCGAGAAGCUGCUGAAGGUCAUCCCCCAGUGGGUAGAGGAGGAACCAGGAAAGUUCUAUCUGCCAAAGAGAAGAAGGUACAAAUGGAAGAUUGUGCUAAAAUUACUGAACAUUUCAUUGUGGUGCUCCCUCAGCUCUUGGCAAAGUAUUCAACAAGUGCAGAAAAAGUGAUAAAUCUCUUGCAGAUCCCACAGUAUUUUGAUUUAGAGUUGUACAGUACUGGACCUCUGGACAAGCACUUGGACACAUUGCUGAGAGAGUUGAAAGUCAUUGUAACCAAACACUCUGACACUGAUGUUCUGGAAGUUUGCUCCAGGGUUUACCAUGUUCUUGGCGCUGAAGAGCUUGCUAUCUGCAACAAAGUGGUUGCUGCUAGAGCUGAACUGGUGGACGAACUGGUGGCCAAACUAAACCAGCUCUUAGUUACUUCUUGGUAUGAGGGAGAAGAGCUUUGUGCAGAAGAAGAGGAGAUUCAUCAUAUGUGCUCCACUCUGCAAAGAAUAGCUGCUUUUCACAAUGCCCAUGAUCUUUCCAGGUGGAAUCUCUAUGACAAGGUGUCAAAACUACUUGUAUUUGAAGCAGAACAUGGUUCUUUACCUCUUCAGAUUGUUUUGCCUGCAUUACAGUGUUCUUAUUUUGCACUGCUCUGGCAGCUCACCUCUGUGGUAGAACCCACGCCUUCUAAGGAAAACAUUUCAGAUUUGAGAACACAUUUGAGACAUCUCUGCCACAUUUGUACAUGUUACCUCAGCCAUGAUAACAGAGAGUUACGUGAAAAGGCUUUUGCAAUACUUUGUGACUUACUGAUGAUUAUAACUCAUCAAGAUUCAAGUGAUGAUGGAACUGUUGAGUUAUUGGAAUACCUUCCCAGUUCAUCUCUUCAAACAAAAAUGCUCCUAUUUAUUCAGGAUCACGUUUUCACAGACGAGGAGGAAGAGACCAAAGACUUGACGGAUGAGGAGGAUAGAAAAAAAGAACGCCAGAAACUGGAUGCCUUGCACCUGAAGCGAUGUCUCCUUGCAGCUUACUGCAAGUUAAUCAUCUAUAAUGUUGUUGAGAUGACUGGAGCUGCUGAAAUCUAUAAGCAUUAUAUGAAGACUUAUAAUGACUUUGGAGAUAUACUUAAAGAAACUUUGAGCCGGUCAAGACACAAUGACAAAAUUCAGAGUGCAAAGACACUGAUUCUCUGUUUGCAGCAGCUGUUUCAGAAGUAUGUUGAAAGUCAGGAUGACAGCGCCAGCAGCAUCACCAGCAUGGAUGUCUUCUCCGUUUCCUUCAGCAACAUUAAAGAGCUUGCACGGCGGUUUUCUUUGACCUUUGGCUGGGACCAGGUGAAAAGUCGAGAGUCAGUAGCCAUGAUACACAAAGAUGGCAUUGAAUUUGCCUUUCAAGGGGCAGCUGCAACAGAAGAGAAGUCCCUGCCUCCCAAUCUAAACUUCUUGGUCAUUCUCAGUGAAUUCUCCAAUAAGCUUCUAAAGCCUGACAAAAGACUUGUGUAUAGCUACUUGCAGAGAUAUAUACCAGAACCAGCACUUUGUAAAGGUGAUUCCUGGUACUCACUGGGAUGGUACAGAAACUCUUUGUUGGCCAGUGAAGAUGAAGAGAAUUCUGCGGUCAGCAGCGUAAAUGAAUGGCCACCUGCUAACAUUGCAAGGACGCCUGCUUUUAAAAGAAAAUUAUCUGAAGGAAACCAGUCCAAAACCAGUCAUACUGAAAAAAUAAACAGAGCCUCAGAUACUCAUUGCUCAUCUCAGAUUCCUUCUCGGGGAAGGAAAAGGCUAAAACCUCUUGAUAGUUGUCACCCAGAAUAUCCACAAUUACAUGGUUCUGCAAGUCUGAAUAGAAGACACAGUACCCAAGCUAUGCUUAGAGAAGAGAAUCCAGUAGAGGUUCCAGCUGAAGAUAUGGAUGUUGAUGUUAUUGGUGCUGACCAGGAGGCCUGAGGAUUCACCUGGACAUAUAUGCUGAUAUCAUGUGCAAAAGCAAACAGGUGGAAUGGACUAUACCUAGUGUCAGCUGGGAGUUUACAUGGCAUGAUCCAAGUAUGAAUGGUUAAAAAGUCAUCACAAGUGGUAAAAUUAUCAUGGUUGUGAUCAUUUUUUUCAGCCAGUGUUACUACAUGGCUUCUGUAUUUCCUGGUGUUCUCUACACAUUUUUUUUUAAAAAACCACAGUUGAUUUUCAUAUUUGUUUUCGUAAAGAUUUCCUUUCCAAAAUACAGCACUAAGCUCAUGUAGACAAGGAAACUUACCAGAGAGUAUCAGAUCAGCCUUUUUGGACAGUUAUGUCCAUACUAUGGUGUGUUACACGCUGAAAGUAUGCGCUCUGCACGUACUAGGGUUAGGAAGGGGCGUCACUUCCUGACGCCCCUAACCCUAAUGUGUGGAGCACGCACAAAAUGGCGGUGUGCCAUUCCACAUGGGCGCCACCAUCUUGACGUAGCGGACGCAUUGCGUCCGCGCGUCGUAAAUGACGCCGCGAGUGUGCCAUUAGCGCCUCACGGUGUCAUAACCGAAAAGCACCAUUUUGGGCUUAUUUUUUCUCCUUGAGGGUCGCGCGGUUUGGCUGCUGUGGCUCCCUUGUGGAGCAACCAGCAGCGCCGGCAGACCGUUGCUUUUAGGCGGUCUGUAACACUCCAAAGUGAACUAUAUUGAGGAGCAGUAAAAAAGUAAGCAGAUAUGUGUCUUGCAAUACCGGGAAAAAAGAAGUGGUUUCAGGGUAAGAGGAAAUAUUUAUGUGAGUAAAAAAAAUUAGUUACAAAUCAACUUAGAUACUUUCUACUUUGUAUUUCAUAUCCUUCCUUGUGUAUCAUGACAGUCUAAUGUUGACAUUGGAGUAGGAGUCUGCUGAAUCUACUGUUUAUCAUUGCAGAGCUUGUAAAACAGCUGUUUGGUUUCAUACUUUUAUAUCAGAUGUUUGUAAAAUAAAGUAAGUGAUCAGUGAA